AUGCGCUUCACCCUCUUUAUACUCACAGUCACUCUGCUAACCUCAGAUCACCAGGUAUUUGCCGGCGAUGAUGAUAUUGACCCACCCCUAAAUCCAACCAACAAAAUCCAAAGCUUCAGUUUUGAGCGCCAGCCAUCAUGGACUAACCAAGAUUUUGAGGUGACUCAGGACGAUAAUCAUGCACACGUCAUGUCAAUUGAAGCCCAUCUCAAAGAUCAAGUCCUCGCCCAUUUCGCUUUGGAUCUUAAUCUAGCCAGCGGCGAGCAGAUAAAAAUUAAAAUUAAUAGGAAAGUAGUAAAUUGCGGCUUCAAGCAAACUUACAAGAUGUCGAAUGGAGUCCAAUUCCUAAUUGAUCCACGUGGACCAUUAACUGAUCGAUGGCAUAUCAAACAGUCAGGAUACAUCAAACAGAAAUAUACUUGGAUGCGCAAGGUACAAGGACUUUCGGGUAUUCUGAAGAGCGACGACGGCAGAAAAGUCGCCUAUUUUUCAGGUGAAUUGAUAAGUGGACAUGCUUCUAAGUCCUUUCAGAUGUUCUGA